AUGCUUUUCCCUUGGUCCAGGAGUGACAUGAUCCUCUGUGUUCAGGGACCUCAUCCUUUGCUGGCAGAGGAAAAGAUCAGGAGACUGUCACUCAGGGGCAUUGAGGAAUUGUCAGAGCCCAUCAUGCAGCCUCUCCCAGUUAUGGCCUUCCAGGAGGAGUCCACGCCUGCCUUCGCAGCUCCAGUUCCAGACAGCAACUCACCUCAGGCACGGGACCCUGAAGAAGACCUCCUCUGCAUAGCAAAAACCUUCUCCUACCUGCGAGAAUCUGGUUGGUACUGGGGUUCUAUCACCGCCAGCGAGGCCAAGCAGCAUCUCCAAAAGAUGCCUGAGGGCACGUUCCUGGUACGGGACAGCACCCACCCCAGCUACCUGUUCACACUCUCCGUCAAGACGAACCGAGGUCCCACCAAUGUGCGCAUUGAAUACACUGACAGCAAGUUCCGGCUAGACUCCAACUACCUGUCCAAACCUCGCAUCCUGGCCUUCCCGGAUGUGGUCAGUCUUAUCCAGCAUUAUGUCAUGUCAUGCACAACAGAAAGCAAGACUGAGGCUCCUUAUCCACCUCCGUCUCCUCUACCUCCCAUGCAGAAAGAGAUGGCAGCAGCUGCAGUACACUUGAAACUCAUCCGACCGCUCAGCCGCAAGGACAACAUCCCCAGCCUGCAGCACCUGUGCCGGCUGCGGAUUAACAAGUGCACAGCCGACGUGGACCAGCUCCCUCUGCCCAGGCGGAUGGGGGACUAUUUGAAGCAAUACCCUUUCCAGCUCUGA